CUAAAUUUAAUUCAAAACUGCCGACAAAUUUAAAUAGAAUUAUCCAUAUUUAAUCGUAACCACAAAUCACACAUUGCCCUCGUGUACCUUUCGUAACAAUUUAUUCUUCUGAAAUCUUGUGUUUACACCUAUUUCAGUAUUCAGUAGACCUACACAGAGUUGUUUAUUAACAAGAAAGUAACCGGCUGUUCACGUAUCAUUCACGUGUACAUUUAAACACAACAACAUUCCUAUAGAUUGCUUUCAAUACCUGUACGUUUGCCACUUACUCAUGAUUAAUGCUAUUCCCGAUGGAUGUAUUUUUGGACGGAUUUUUCUAGAAUUCUCUUACGAAAUCGGAAUCCUUUUUGAAUUUUUAGGUGAUUCGCACACUUUUUUUGAAAAUGGUACGAAUGAAAAAACCAGGCAUAAUGAGAGUAGUAUAUUAUCCAGUGACACUAUAAAAAAUAUAACACAUGUUUUUCGUUCCUGACCUGUCAUAUCGCAAAGAAAAUCAUCGUUGGAUUGUAGAAUAAUGGUCGGGUAUACUUCAAAAUAGUUUUUGUUUGGUUCUUUUCAAGGAGAAUGGUGAUGUUUAUAAACAUUUACGUCACGCUUUAGUGUGUUUCUGUGAUCAAGGUAUUGACUUAGACUCGACUAAUUAAAUUAGUGUUGUUUUUUAGUCGUUUUCCCAUUGUCAGUGCAAGACCAAAAAUAGAUAACUCUUUAAUGAAGAUGAUGAGUCGCAAAUUAGCCAUGCCUCUGCUGGGGGUGCUGCUUUGGGUGAUCUUCAUCCACGCAGGUACCUUCGCUACGGCUACGCUACUACCACAGCCAAUAACAGGGAUCGGAACACCAACCAAAGGAGAUCAAAGCAUAAUACGUUUACAUCCCGAUGGGCUGAAAAUCACAGAGAAAGAUUUGAAUCGUUCUGUUUCGUACGGACACAGCAUUGUUAAUCGAUUAUUGAGACUAGAAACGAACCUAGCAUGGUCAGACGUUCACGUAAAGAAAGGAACGCCAUCUCAUGGUCAACUUAUCGUUUCCAAUCCGGACGAAGAGGCUUUGAGGCAAGGACGCGAAGCCUUAGUAGCUUCUAAAGCAACCCUUCAUUUGAUGAACAUGUUCUGUCAUAAGUAUCAUAUGUCUCCCUCUGAUUGUGCCAAAUACAUAACUUCAUAUACAUUCGUUUCGACACCGUUAGAGUCAUCGUGUAAAAAAUUCCACAAAUCAUGUAGCCAAGAAGACAUUCUGUCUUCGUAUCGUUCGAUUGAUGGGUCAUGCAACCAUAAGUUUGACAGUACUCAAGGGUCGGCCUUUACCUCGUACAAAAGACUUCUCUAUCCUGACUACUUGGAUGGGAUUCAAGCACCUCGGAGAGCAGUUAGUAAGAAAGCGUUGCCUUCGGCACGACGUAUAAGCGCAUCAUUGGUAAAAACUGGCGGUACUGUUUUUGAUUGGACGUUGGCUAUGCCAGAGUGGAGCCAAUUUGUUGAACAUGACUUAAGUCACACGGCUACCAGCAAAAUGGUGCACAGUGACAACACUAUUGAAUGCUGCGCGCCCAGCGGUAAUCAUCUGUCCCCGAGAUAUAUUCAUCCUUUCUGUUCGCCGAUUUCAAUACCUUAUGAUGACGAAUCCUACUCUCAACAUGAUCUAGACUGUAUGACGUAUGUCCGAUCAGUUCCUGCGUUUCCUACUGAUUGUACUUUUGGACCUUUGGAGCAAGUAAAUCAAGCUACUCAUUAUUUGGAUGGUUCUCAAAUUUAUGGAUCUACGAUGAAGAGAUCGGCGGUGUUGCGCUCUUUUGAAUAUGGCCAAUUAAGGAUGACUGAAAAGUUCAAAAAGAUGUACUUACCCCUUUCCACUCACCCGACUGAUGACUGUCAACUGACCGAUGACGAUACAGUGUGUUUCAUAUCGGGGGAUUCCCGCGUCAAUGUUGUACCUCAGUUGACAGCCAUUCAUACCUUGUGGUUGCGUGAACAUAACCGAAUUGCCAAAGAAUUAUCAGGAUUGAAUCCAUCAUGGGAUGACGAAAUUCUUUUCCAAGAAGCCAGGAGAAUUGUUAUUGCCGAAAUACAGCACAUCACUUACGAUGAAUGGCUUCCACUAAUCUUGGGCAAAAAGUACUUCAAUAAAAUACAAAAAUACAGUAACUAUGAUGAAAAUGUGAAUCCAUCAGUUAGCAACGGUUUCGCGACUGCUUCAGUACGUGUGUUUAGUACACUAAUAGAUGGAAAUUUAAGAUUGUAUAAAGAAAACCGUCUAGUUAAUUCAUCACUAAAUCUCCGCAACCAUUUCAACAACCCCAGUGUUAUUGAAGAACCUCAGUAUUUGGACGCUCUUAUCCGAGGCUUAGCCACGCAGCCUAGUCGUAAACUUAACCUCCGAUUUGCCGAAGAUAUCUCCACUCAUCUCUAUUCCAAUGGCGCUUAUGGCUAUGAUUUGUUUAGUUUGGACAUUCAAAGAGGGCGCGACCAUGGUCUACCACCCUACAACUCUUACCGUACUUUAUGCGGUCUUCCUGAAGCUAGAACAUUUGACGAUUUAAGUGAUGUCAUGUCUGCGGAAGUUAUCAAUUCAUUGUCAGAAGCGUAUGGUAGCCCUCGAGAUAUAGAUUUGAUAGUAGGUGGAAUUUUGGAACGUCCAAGUUCCGAAUCACUGUUUGGGCCAACGUUUUUGUGUAUUUUCGCUGAUCAGUUCCUCAGGACAAGGCGUGGAGAUAGAUAUUUCUACACAAACGAGUAUCAACCGGCUCCAUUUUCAAAGGCGCAGAUUAGGGAGAUAGAAAAAGUUACUCUUGCCAGAAUAUUUUGUGAUAAUGGAGAUGACAUUCAGCAAAUGCAGAGGAAUGUGUUCAAAAAAAUAUCGCAAAGUAAUAAGUUGUACGACUGUGAUAGCGAUUAUAUUCCAAAAAUGAAUCUAAAAGUCUGGAUGGAUAGUAGGAGGAAGUACUAUUAGUGCCUUAAGUACUUUACUACUUAAGUUAGCAUCAGUUCAAGACUGAUUUUCAAUGGCUGUUUAAUUAGAUUUAACUUAAAUUUAAUACUCUUAUUAUCACAGACAUGAAUCUGAAAGAGGCUCGUUAGUCUUUUUUAAUUUUUAAGUUAUUUAAAUUGGGAUUGUUCAUAUUACUGAGAAUCAUUGUGUGACCUUAUUUGUUCUAGAAGAAAUUUUAUUUAUUUUUGUUACCUUAAACAAUGAAUAAACAUGAAAAUGUAGUUGAUGUGAAGUUUGUAUUGCUCAGUAGUUUUUAUACAUGUCAUAAAACUUGUGCAAUUUUAUUUAUUGUUGUAUUUAGUUAUAAGGUCAGACUAUAUUAGUUUGACCCGGAGGUAAUGUAAGUACAAUUUUAUAUGUAUGUAAUGUGGUAAGCUUUAAAGAUGUUUUCUACAUGGCGAAAAUUCGAAUGCAAAUAAUACUGUUUAGUGUU